AUGGGUUUGAGGUUAAAGGGUUUUGUGGUUGUUGCACUCAAACCAAACAUGGCCGAUAGGAUAAGCGAUUUACCUGACGCAGUUCUCUGUCACGUUCUCUCUUUCCUGCCAACCGCCGCCGCCAUCGCCACCACCAUCCUCUCCAAGCGCUGGAACGCUCUCUGGCGCACAUGUCCCUCUCUCACCUUCGAUGACUCCGACUACUUCUAUAACUCAACCAGCCGAUCCUACUCCCGCUUCGUCCAGUGCGUACACGUGGCAAUCCUCUUGCGCGAUUGGCAUCAGACGGUGCGUUCGUUCCACCUCAGAGUUCGCUCUUCUCUCUGCGACUACACCAACGUGACCGUGUGGAUCAACACGGUGAUGCAACGAGGGGUUCAGCACCUUGACCUCUGCGUCGGAAACUUGUUCAACUUGCCCAGCGCGGUUCCCACAUGCAAAACCCUCGUCGUUCUGAAGCUGGAAAAGUUCCACAUUAAGAAUAUCCCUUCCUUUGAUUUUCCUCUGCUCAAAAUCAUGCAUCUGAGAAACCUAUAUUUCUCAGAACACCGAGAUUUCGCGCAGAUUGUUCGUGCGAGUCCGAAUCUGGAGGAAUUGGAAGUCCUCGAUAUGUUUAUUCAUUGCCGCAAGGUGGAAGGGAGUUUUGAGUAUUUGCCCAAGUUGGUUAGGGCAACUGUUCCGAAAAUUGAUGUUCCGUUGGGAGUUGUUAGUAAUGUUCAGUUUCUGCGCCUGGAUUGGGUGGACCAAAAAUUGAAAGACAUGGAUCCAAACCGCGGGGAUACUGUGUUCAAAAAUUUGAUUCACCUUGAAUUUGGCUAUGUGAAUUCUAUUCAAGACUGGGUCGAGGUUUUCCAAAUGCUCAAGUGUUCCCCCAGCCUUCAAAUUUUUGUCAUUGACAAGAUGUAUCUUGAUCCCUUGCCUAUAGCUAAUCGUGAAGGAGCAGAUUGGAUAUAUCCAGGAUUUGUUCCUGUGGGCAUUUCGUUAAACCUUAGAAGAUGUUGUUUUAAGAAUUACAAAGGUUGGAAAGGUUUUGGAAAUUGGAAAAAAAUGCCAGCAGUUAGGGUUUCUUCUUCAUGGGAAAAAAAUGAGUUAGGAUACAACCACAGUCAGACCCAAAAGUUGCCAAAAACUCAAAUGCGAGCUUCUGAAACUCAAAUUCAGAUCAACACAAGAAGAGGCAAAACCCCAAACCCAAUUUCAAAACCGAAGACCUCACUUUCUCAAAUCGCAAAACAGAAAAGAGGAUCAAAAGCUCCAAUUCAAGCCUUGAAUCAACGUAGAAGAAAUAGAAUCUCAAUCCCAAUUCCCAUCUUAAGAAACCCUAAAUUCAAUCUCAAUUCGAAAUCCCCAUUGAGGGUUUGUGAGUCAGAGUUGUCUCUAUCGUCGGCAAUUGAGGGUUUGUGUGAGGAAUGGUGGAAGGAGAAUUUGGUGGGAAAGGAGUUGCUGAUUUCGCAAAGUCUCCCUUUCCUCCUGUCUCGAUCGCUCACGCUCAACAAGAAGGUGAACGUGCACAAGGUCUGCCUGCUUCGUGAGGCGUUCACUCUGUUCGAUUUCAAGGGUCUUGGGAGCUUUUAUUAA